AUGGACCAAAUCCAAGACCUCAAGACUCCUUCCUCCCUCCAGAACCUCAUCUCCGAGACCCAGUCCAGUCCAGACUCUCCAAUAGCACUUAUACAAUUCUACAACGGUCCAUCCUCGAUCCAAUGGGCCGCUAGUACACUUUACCAAAACCAACAAAUCCUUCAACACUUCUCCAAAGAAAUAUCCUCUGGCUCUUUGAUAUUCGCAAGAAUUGAUGGAUCUAUUUUACCCUCCGCGGGUGGGAAUGGUAACAGUCAGAUUAGGCUGGAUACCAAUUACGAAGUCUCGUAUGGAAUCUUCUGGCAGGGCAAACAACAGGUUUAUGAGGUUAAUGCAUUGGGAAAGGGAGCAGAAGGGGUUGUGAAGAGGGAGGUGGAGGCCUUGUUGAAGAUGAGGGGGGAAAUGAUGGAUGUAGAAAGGACAAGAGCGGGAAAGAGAGGGGUUGUGAUUGGUGGUAAGUCACCGCUAUAA